GCAACUCCAGCACACGGCAGUAGAGGACCAGCGCAGCACAGAAUGCGGCGGCACCACACACACACUGCAGAGGCGGUUGCCGUCGCUCUCGCUCUCUUCAUCGGCGCAGCCGCCGCGGUCACCACUGCAGGAUCCAGAUUACGAAGCACGCGCUCUGGCAUCGUAUUCCCCGACGACAGCUCCGCCAGCGUGGUGUGGUCCCUAAGAGACGGACCAUCCGGAAAACUCAUCAGCGGUCACCACCACCUUCACCGUAGCGCCAGCGGAAGCAACAGCCACAGCAGCAGCGCCAGCCAAUCAGCAGCCAGCGGCUCAUCCAGCUCCAGCCAGUCAGAGAGCCACAGCCAAAGUGCUGCACGAGGCUCUGGAGAAGUCCCCAUCCUUGUCCGAGACAGAGAGUACACUAGCGGAGCUGUAUUGCUGCCAGAUGGAGACGAAGAUUACCAGCAAACAAUUAUUCACUACGGGGACGGCUUUGAACACUUGGCAUCAGGAGGCUCUCCCCACAGUGUGCUGACUGUGCUACCACCUGCACAGACGACUUACCAUUCCGGAGUAAUUCACCAUGGUGGACAGGCCAGCGCUAACGCCGCAUCUUCUUCACAGAGUUCGAGCAGCUCUUACAGCCAAGGAAGCACAGCGUCUCACAGCAGCAGCGAGAGCAGCAGUUCAUCAUCAGGAUCAUCCACAAAACAACUAAUCUCUCAACCGAGUGCUGUGUUGGUCGCCCCUGGAAGCCCUGCAAAUGGUCUUGCGCUCGUUCAUGGAGGAAUCGUCAGCCAAGCGGAGGGAGGGUCACAGGCCUCGAGUCAAAGCAGUUCUCACUCAUCCAGUUCGCAGGCCUCCAGCCACAGUGGAUCUCACUCUGCCAGCCACACUACGAGCCCAGUUUAUGGACAUCCUGCACCGGGGGUACCAACCAGUUACUCCUUCAGUCAGAGUUUCACAAACGCAGCUGGUGGCAAUUCCGCAUCUCAGAGUAGCAGCCACGGUAUAACCAAGGCACUUUCGAGCGGAGGAGUUAUCUCGCAAAGCAGCAGCCAAAGCAGUGGAGCUUCAUCCAACGGUCUAAGCCAGAGUAGCUCUUCAUCUCACUCAUCGAGUGAAUCCAUACCACAGGAAGCUGCUCGACCAAUUUUUUAUGGAGACGCACUUGUGCCUGUCCAGCAAUUACAACUCUCUGUACCAGUUGUUAAUGCGGGGGCAGGGGCUGCUAGUCAUUCGCUCAGCAACAGCCAGGCCAGUAGCACAUCCAACAGUGCAUCUACGUCACAGUCUUCGGCGGAGGCAAGUGGUUACAGCAACGGAGAACUGUAUAACAUCGACAAUGUGCAGAUUCCCAUCAGAGGCUUCGGCUUAAUAGAUCUCACAAAUGAUGUUGUGCCUGGUGGAUCGACAGCAGCGUCGCAUAGCAACAGCCAGUCUAGCAGUUUAUCAUCCUCACAGUCGGCGAGCCAAUCUAGCAGCCAAAGUGCUGCUGGCAAUGAAUACUUCGCCAGUGACAUUCAGGCACAAGUUCCAGUUUCUGGAUUCACCGGACAUUUAGUUAGCAUAUUGCCGAACGGUAUUUCGUACGGCGCAAGCCACAACACUGAAGGCAGUGCUCAGUCGGUAAGCCACUCCAGCAGUCAGGGUAAUGGACAAUCACUCACUACUGGCGACCUGCACUUGCCUCUUCAGCCCUUUGACAAUGUGGGACAAGUGAACAGAAUCAUUCCGACAGUAGGCAGUCAGUCUUACAGCGCAAGUUCGAGCCAGUCAAAGAGUGCAGCUGCGUCAUCGCAGUCGUCGAGUGAAUCUAGCAGUCACAGUAGUGGGCAGGCGCACAUUGUUGGUGACCUACAGGCACCUCUGCAAGGCGUUGGCUUUGUGGGACAAACAGAAAAUGUUCAACCCAUUUAUGGCAGUUCUUACAGUUCAAGCCAAUCAAGCAACGCAGCUGCUUCAUCUCAGUCGUCAAGUGAAUCUAGCAGCCAAAGCAGUGGACACACUAUCUCGGCUGGUAAUGUGCAGCUCCCUCUUCAAAACAUUGGAUUCGUAGGACAUCCAAAUACUGUUGUGCCUGUCACUGGAAUUCAUUCUUCCAGCUCAAGUUCAAGCCAAUCAAGCAGCGCAGCUUCAGCAUCGCAGGCAUCAAGUGAAUCUAGUAGUCUAAGCAGUGAGUACGGACUCAGCACUGGAGAACUGCAGAUACCUAUACAAGGAACUGAAUUUGUGGGACAGCUGACUAAUGCUGUGCCUUACAACAAUGGUCAGUCUUACAGUGCGAGCUCCUCUCAGUCAAGUAGCUCCGCUUCUGAGGGCACUGCCUCGGCAUCACAGUCAUCGAGUGAAUCAUUUAACCACAACACUGGCAACGUUUACAGCCCAGCUGAUCUUCAGAUUCCCAUUCAGACAUUGCCCUUAGCUGGAGAGGUAAACAGUGCCCUGACAUAUCCUACUGGUUUCCCCGUCAGCACUAGUGGCAGUGAAGCUACUAGCGCCAGCGGCAGUGGCAGUUCUGCAUCAUCAUCGUCAGCAAGUGGGGCUGCUGGAGCAAAUGGAGCCUACUCUCAAAGCUCCUCUGGCAGUCAAUCUCUAGGACUGGAAGGUCAAGCAUCAUACAGCCAGUCGAGCAGCCAAGGCGGAAGUGCUCUUCUUCCUGCUGUAGCAAAAAUUGUGUCUCCAGCAGUAUCUCACAGUGCCUCUGCUUCUCAAGCGAGCAGUAGCACUGAUGGCUACAGUGGUGGGCUCUCCUCCAGCUCAGGAUCAUCAAGUCAAGCAUACUCAAACAGCCAAGCUCAGAAUGGUAUCAGCAGCUCCUCUUCCAGCAGUUCCAGUGGAGCCACCAAUGUACCUGGUGGUAACCACCCGCUAAUCGGCAGUUUUCUACCCUCUGUCGUGCCUGGGCCGUUUCUCGGUAGUCACCAGCCACUAGUGAAUCAACUGGCAAAUAUCGAUGGUGGUAGAUUUAGCAGUUCUGGAUCUUCUAGCCAUAGCAAGUCUUCUAGUUCCAGUAGCAGUGGAAGUAGCUCCAGCAGCAGUUCCUCAAGCUCAGGAUUCUCCACAGGUCCUCAUGGAUACUUGGGGCAGCCUGGCUCACCCCUCCAGAAGCUUUUCGGCAGUUCUUCAUUCAGCUCAUCUUCCUCAUCUGGUGGCUUCUCUUCCUCCUCCUCGAGUUCUGCUUCAAGCUCCAGUUCCAGUUCCAGCGGUGGUUUCGCCGUCUCACAGCCAGUGUUACCUGCUCCACACUUCGGCUUCCCUGGAAGCCUAUGUAAACUGUCUGGAUGCUAAUGAGGUCUCAAGGUUUACCUGCCACAGUUCGAGUCGACUGCGAAGUACAUCCCACGCGGAGAAACUGACCAACCAAAGGAUAGCAUUUCUGUGAUUUUUCUACAGUUCCCUGUUGAAAUUGAUCUAAAUAUGUUUGACGACUUUGUGAGAACAAUGUUAAUCGUUAUUUAUUUUCUAUCAUGUGCAAUAUUUCGUGAUAUUAAGACACCUACGUAUUUAAUUCUAAGUAGUCAGAGUUAAGUACAGGUGUUACAUGUGCCAACAUACACGCAAGGAUCAUUUUGUCUAUUCACGUGUUUUUCAUGCGACCAUAUGUCUUAGAGUACAUGACUCAUCAAAUGUACGUACUUACUGUACGAAGUUUUGUAAUAAAACGCACUUUCACUUUA